GCAUUUCAAAACAGCUACGGGCUCUUUAUAAAAAGGAUAGCUCUAAACAUUUGUCUUGUUCAAAACCACUGGGAACUCAGAACUCGAAAAUCUCCGACUUCAGUGCGUUCAUGACACCAGGGAAAUCUCCGACUGGGAAAAAUAGUUGUGAACUGUCAUCCAACUCGGAAUUCGCUGUCGGAAACUUGGGCAUAUUUCAAGAGCUCCGAUUUUCCGACCUGAAGAUCUCUGACGUCAUGAUUUGACCUCGUUUUUUCCGAGUUCCCAGUUGUUUUGAAAGCACCAAUUGUUGUUAUUCGUCUGGAACAAAUCUGUUCGCGUCCCUGGUUAAGUUUACGACCAAUAGGAUUUAACUAAGUCGUUUGCGUUUAAACUUUAACCCCUAGGUUACUGGCUAUAGUUUAUAGGCUACAUGCAGUUUAUGGUCUUCUUUAUUGGCAGACACUCAGAAGUUAAACGAAUACUAUGCGGAUUCCCAUCGAAAAUGGUUUUCUUACAGGGAAUAAACGGAAAGUAGUGACUUUGGCACUGGAAGUAAAUUAUCCAUGUGUGUAAUACUCAUAUGGUGUUUUUUAUUUCAAUCUACUUCAUAUAGUACUUGUUCCAUAAUCGACUGACGUGGGGACCUCGGAGGGCUGGUCGAGAAAGCCUGGAUGACUGGGUACUACGCCGAGCCUCGCAGUACAGUAACCCGACUCAUGCUUUUGUUUAUAGACUUUCAAGUGAUUAUCGCUUUGGUUACAUAUUUCAACAAUGUCGCAACUGGCCUGUAAACAAAGAAAGGCGACGUGCUGUCAUUUAUUUUCCCGAAAACUCGUGGUCUUGGAUAGUCUACAUUGAAUACGAUUAUUGUCAACCAAAUAACCAGCGUCAUUGACCCAGGUGGACGUUUACUAACUGUUCAGGCACUCGAGUUCCUGCACGCUCUCUGUUUAAAGGUUAGGCUACUUGUACAGUAAAUGGAGGUUUGUCUUGACUAAUUUUUGUCUUGCCAUUUUAUUAUUGUUAGGCCUAAUCGCAAUCAACAAAAUAAUCCAUGUUUAAACGUGUGAGUCGAUUUUAAAAUGGUUGAAAAUCGAUGCUCCGUUCAAAGGGAAGGGGUCUACCGCUGGUUUUCGAUAUUGAACUCGGCCCAGAGAGCUGAGUUCAUUUGUGGGCUUUUGGACCUCUGUGUUCCCAUCGAACUACGCUUCCUCGGGUCGUGCUUGGAAGAUUUGGCCCGCAAGGACUAUCACUCCCUCAGGGAUGCCGAGAUCAAAGCCAACAACCCCGCUGACCUCUCGAACCUUACCAACAUCACGGACGAGGUCGUGAGGAGCAAGCUGCUUAUCUCCCUUGCACUUCUCAGCUCCGACAAUCGAGAGGCGGCGAGUGUUCUCUUCCGAACGCUCACGCACAUCGAUAGCAUCAUAAACAACUACGGCCUGCAGCUCAACGAUGGACAAACGGAGGAGCAGUUCCUUCUCCUCUUCACCAUGGCAUCCAAUCACCCAGCUUUCAGCUUUCACCAGAAGCAGGUGCUAAGACAGGAGCUGACCCAGAUCCAGGAGAUCCUGCAGGUCACCUGUGGAGAGCAGCAGCCCGGGACUGGCGGCUGCCGCGGGACUGGAGCUCUGGCCACCCUGUCUCCCGCCACUAGCAUCCCAACCUACAUCACUGCGCCCACCCUCGACUCCUGUCAGGUCGGGUGUCCAUGUUCUCAUAAGACACUGCACCGAGAGGUCGGGGCAGGGCGAGGGAACGAGGGAAUUGUCCCAGAAUCCAUGCCUCGCAUGCCAUCUCUCUCAUGCCAGGAGCUGCCAGUCAAGGUGCAUGUUGGAAAACACAGCAAAGUGAACAUAGAGAGGAUAGAGCUGAGGGGAGUAACCAACAAGGGGGGGAAACCAAGUGAAUAUAUGCUAGAGGUCAAAUGGUCAGACUCCUCUGUGUCCACUGUGAGCAGGACUCACCAGGAGGUGCUGGACUUUCUCUCCCAGGUCUCCCAGCUUUUCUCUGAUGAAGGUUUAGAGAAGUUCCUGCCUCAGUCCCCUGGCCUUGAUCAGACCUCUGAGCUGGACCCCAGGUGCCUGACAACGCUUCCAGCUCACAUUCUCAAACACUACCGGGCCAGACUCUUCUUCAGCACUAUUGCCCCCACUGCCACCGUCCCCUCCUUUCCCCCCACUGCAAAUCUUGGGUGCUUGCUUCAAUACAGAGGAGCCAACAGAGCUGUGUGUGGUGUGGCCAGUAUCCAGCCAGUCAUGAGCAUUCACAACUCCAUUCAGCCUUGCUCUCCAACCCAGCUGCUCCCCCAGGGCACAGUGCCCACCCUUCCCCCCGGCAGGGUGGGGGUAUCAGGGGGGGACAACGCGCCCUCUCCCGGGCACCUCCAGAACCCUGGCCCUCCACAGAUGAGCAGCCCAGAACAGAAUGGCAUCCUGGACUGGCUGAGGAAACUCCGCCUGCACAAGUACUACCCAGUCUUCAAACAGCUGACCAUGGAGGAGUUCCUUGGACUCACAGAGGAGGAUCUGAACAGGUAUGACCUCACCCAGGGAGCCAAGAAAAAGCUGAAGACGCAGCUGGAACUGCAGAAUAGGGAGAAGAUGGAGAAGAGGUAUAUGAUGUCCCAGUUCCCUGUGUCCUGUAGUGGCAUCGCCAGGGUUACUCCAUCCAGCCACAUUGGUCCAGUGGCACAAGUCCACUCCAGCAACAACACAGAGCUGCGUGUGGAGGUAGAAAUGGGCAUGCACCCUCUCCCUCGGGACAGCAGCUCCUCCUCAGGUUAUUCCAGCUCUUCCUCCAGCCCCAUUACCCCUCUGUCUCUGUCCCGGGAAGGGGCCUUCGACAGGGCCAAGGAGCCACACAGACGUAUGGGGUCAGGACUAGACCUCGGAGAGAAGGACAGGACAUGUGUUCUCCUGAACCCCACCGUUACAACAGGUCCUAGUCGGCCCACUGCUCAGGUUCUUCCCGUGCAGAAUGAUCCUACUCCCUGCCCCUCCCACAUUGGCCUUCCUCCACCCUCCUUGCCCCUACUGUCACCAAGACGCAUCCUGGGUUCCCCCCGUAAGUCCCGGCCCCCUCCCCUUUGCCCUAAUGAGCGGGCCAAACCCCUGGGUUCAGGCGUAGCUGUUGGGGUGCGGCUGGAGAGCCUAUUCCCUGGCCUGAGUGUGGACAGUGUGGGGUUCCCUCCCCUCCACCAGGAUUCUGCUGGGCCCCGGGGGCCCUCUGGGGUCACCAUGCUGCGCUCCCUUCCAGGCCUGAUGGUGGAGACUAGCACCGCCCUCACCACCACCUCCAACACCCUGCACCACGUCUCACACCCCCCUCUACACCUACAGGUGUCCCCCUCCUUACCCCGUGCUGGACACUACCCUUACCCCUCUUCCUCCGCCUCCUCUUCCUCAUUAUCUCCCUCCUUUAAGUCAGCCUUCCCAUCUGUGAGUGGCAUUCCCAUGGGAACCGCGAGCAGCGUUCCCAUAGCAGCAGUGCCAGGCAACACCUAUUGUGUCAACAGUAGCGCUGCUGUCCUGCCAAGCUCCAGUCCCACUUCCACAGAGAAAAGUGGCUACGCCGUCGCCUCUGGCUCCACCCCAAGCCCCUCUGUGUGCGUGUGCAGCUCCUGUGGUUGCAGUGGGAACUGUGGUUCCUACGGGGCCCCCCCGGCCAGCUACGCAGGGUACUUCCAGCACCCCUUCUCAGGGACGUCAGUGUUCACCCUGGGUCCCCUGCUUCACCUCAGUCCCCUGCUGGCUGGGAGCAGUACUGCCUUCCCCUACCCCCUGGUGGCACCGCCCCUCUACAACAGCAGCAUGUCUCACAGCCAUGACACACAGGGGCAGCAGGGGCUGGUCCUGCCCCCCAUGCAGGGCUUUCUGGGGGCCGGGGCCAACAUGUACCAGCCUCAUGGAGUGGUGGGGAACGGAGGGCACAAGAAGCCAGGGAGCCUGUCCUGCUACAACUGUGGGGUCAUCGGCCAUCGGGCACAGGAAUGCAAGCAGCCACCCAUGGAUGCUGCUCAGCAAGGCACAUUUCGGCUGAAGUAUGCUCCUAAAUCAGACAGCCAGGACUCAGGGGACUAAGGAAAACUCCUGUGGUCUCACUCCUGCGCACAUCAGCACCUUAUGUUCCUCAGAUUGGAGGAGCUCCUUUCAUUGACGUGACUCUUUGAACACCAGUCACAGUUUUGAUGGUAGGCUGGUGAAUGGUGGCUACUCAACUCAACUUAGAUUCUUGCUUGAGACCAUGAAGAAAGUGACAUUUUAGAGUCAAUUUGGAGGGUGCUAUUUUUUUUAAUAUAUUUUUUUACCAUUAUUUAACUAGGCAAGUCAGUUAAGAACAAAUUCUUAUUUUCAAUGACGGCCUAGGAAUAGUGGGUUAACUGCCUUGUUCACGGGCAGAACGACAGAUUUGUAUUCGUUCCAGUCCAUCUAUAACAGAUGAUUUUGGUCAAAGGAAAAAAUAAAAAUAUGACAACUCCUCACGCUACUCAGGUCACACCUCAGUGUCACUCAGUUCUGUAGCCAGACCCAACCCUUUCAAAACAAGUAAUGUACUGUUCUAAGACAAGAUGGCCUUUUAGUUGCUCUGGAGAAGAAAGUUGGAUUUAUAUCUGAGAGGAUGAUGAAGUGUGAAUGUAAAGACAUUAGAUGACUGCCGAAUAAUGCACACUGACUGACUGUCUUUCACAUCCUCCUCCUCUGGAACAAAGCAUGUCUCUGAGGAAACCAGGAAGUAAACAAGGAAGUACUUCUGUAAUUUCCCUUUGUGUUGCCAGACAGCACAGGGGAAGAGGAAGUGAAACAAACAAGUGCUUUAUUCAACAAAUCAUUCACUGUGGGUACUUAGCCCUGUACAGUGCAGGUAUUAAUGAUGAAAAGAAACAGAUGGUGCCAGCGUUACAAAGAUGUGCCAUUGAUAUUGUUUUGUGCCAAACUGCCUGGAAAUGAUUCCAAACUUGUUUAAUCAUUUAGAAGUUUAGAAGUUGAAGCAGUCUAAUUGUUAUAAUCACUGCCCAAAAUGGGUGGUGGUGAAAUGUAAGAGGAUCCUUUUUGAGAAAGAUUUGAUAUUGAAUGUGUCAGUGAAUGUCUCCUUAAGUUGCCACCAUGGUGUGGCAUGUGAAGCACUUUUAUGAGACUGGCUGGUCCCAGGCCAUUGGAUGUGAGUGUGACAUGAGGACAGUGGUCCUCAAGGAUGGACAAGUUAUUAUAGGUUUGUUGUGUUGCACUGGAGCGUCCCUAGCCAGGUAUGGAGGACACAAUUCAGUCAUAAGGGACAUUUCUUUGAUAAUGAUCAUAUGUACCAAUAAACACUUGCACCGAUUGCUUCCAAUAGAUAGUCAAGACUUUGACAAAAUCAGGAUCCACUUGGAGUUCCAUUCUGGUGGAUAUGAUAUUUGUAGGUAAGGAUCAGGAAGUGGUCACUUAAGAUCAAGGAAUUGUAGGACAAUCCAGGAUUGUAUCUUGACUAGUACAGUAUUGCAUGUCAGUGACUGUUGUCAAAAUGUUUUGACCACAUCCAUGCUGUUUCUGGUCUAGGUCUCAUGGGAGUAAGAGAGUUUACAGUAGGCACAUUACAGCUGCAGAGCAAACAUGAUUCUCUGGUGGUUCAUUUGUUUUUACAAUGUUCUGUAACAUUGUGCUUAGUUAAUACACCCUGGUUCAUGCUGCAAACAUUUGGUAAACCAAUUUGAUUUAUAAUCAUGUCUUUAUAUCAUUAAAAUGAAAUAGUGAAAUUAUUGACCAUGGGAAAUCACGUUUGUGCACUAAGCUGUGCAUCCUGGAUGCCUUAGCAACCCUGCAUGGUACAAUAAUUGACUAAAGAAAAUGUAUGGCCAUAAUAAAAUGAUACAGCAUUUUUGCUUCUGGAACUGUUUCAGCUUACUUGGUUCCAAUGAGAUUGUUGUCAAACAUAUUUGACUGUAACGUAGCCAUUUUCUUAGUCAAUAGCUAUGCAUGUUGUUUGAUUUAAAAGGUAUUUUAAAACAUUUGGUAUUAUUGUGAAGCAGAUUUGAACUUGAAGGGCAGAUCCUGUAUUAUUUUUUUAUGUCAGAUUUUUGUAUCAUAUGGUGUGUGUUUUAAGAUUUGCUUGUUUUAUAUACUGCAUGAAAAACAUUGUAAAAAGCAUUUUGUUUUUUGAUUUCAUAAUUUCAUUGGCAACACAGUGUAAUACCAGCAUAUGUGUUCUAGAUGAGGAACACACCAAACUUUGACUUUUUUUAUUCAUAAAAUACCAACAUAAAUACAAGAAAAGGUUGUGUAAUACUGCUGUAAAUAUGAAGAAUGAGAGUGGCAAACACAGGAGAAUGCAGAGGAACAUUGGGUUGAUAACUGUACCAUUGCUCUGUUAUUAAACCCUCAAUCAAACUGA